UCCUUCCGUAAUUAGGAAUCCUUUGUAAGUAUUUACACGAGGCUUCGUCCUCCGUUAUUAUUCAAUAGAAAAUAACAAUUCUUCAUGGUAUCGGAGCCUCUCAUUGCUCUCCGUCUCUCGUCCGACCUAGCGUAGGCAAAACCCUAGCCGCGCCGUCGCCUCUUCUCUCUCUCGGCCGAACAGCACCCAGCCGCCGCCCACCCCUCUUCCUCGGCAGUGCUCUCCCCGGCGACCUCUCUCCCAUCGGCGAGCAACCCCCCACCGAUCAUCAUGUCCGAGAAGACCUCGGUCACCGGCACGGCGUCCUCUUCCCCAACUCCACACUUGGCGUUCACAACGAUCUCGAACGUGAAGCUCCAUGUGCCGAUUCUCCUAAGCUUCUCUGAGCCCAACUACAAAAAGUGGAGCCGGCUCUUCCUCCUCCUCAUUCGAAGGUUCUUCUCGGGUGAUUUCCUCACCGGCAAGUCGUCUCCGUCUAGCGCCGACGACUCGGAAUGGUUCCAACUUGAAGCUCUCAUAAAAGGUUGGAUUCUCUCAACGGUGAAUGAUGAAAUCUGCGAUUUUGUUCUCUCCACAACCAACUCCGCAUCCGAGCUUUGGCGAGCCAUCUACAACAUCUUCCACGACAACAAGCCGGCUCGGGCGAUGCAACUUGAACACCAAUUCCGCACCACCACCAAGGGCUCUCUCUCCAUUGCCGCUUAUUGUCAAACCCUACGAAAUCUUGCGGAUUGGUUGGAUGAUGUAGAUGCCACCGUCUCCGAACAACAACUUGUUCUUCAAGUCUUGCGUGGCCUCCCGGAUGAUCUUUGAGCACAAACGUCAUUCCUUCAAUACCAAACCCCCCGAUCUUUCUCCAAACCCGCUCGGCCCUCCUCUUAAUUGAACAACAACGGGUUGAAUUGGGCGUCGGUAGCAAUCACGGGGGGAUGGCGGACCCUAAGGGUCCGUUUAG